UUGGUCUCUGCGUUAGUUGUGUGAAAACAUUUCCAAAUUAAUGAUCUUCCGCCGUGCCAUGUGAUCGAGGAGCAUGCUUGAACACAAAAUGGCGUCACAGACAACAGGCGAAAAAGCCGGCAGCAUCUUACCCCAUCCUGCUGUGGUAUGGGCCCAAAGGAAGGACAAGUUAUGGGUUACAGUGAGACUAGAUAAUUGUGGAAAACCAGACAUCCAGCUAAAAGAAAAUAGUUUGUACUUCAAGGGUGCUGGUGGGCCUGAAAAGGUUAUGCAUGAAGCCACACUGGAGUUUUAUCAUGAUAUCAUUCCAGAGGAAUCAAAGUACACAAUAGGAGGCAGGGAAAUCAUCUUUAUGUUGAGGAAGAAGGAACUGGAAAAAGGAUUUUGGCCAAGGUUACUCAAAGAUAACAAAAAGGUUCAUUUCUUGAAGACAGAUUUUGACAAAUGGCGGGACGAGGAUGAUUCGGAUGCUGAUGACAACGAGGAUAUGAACUUAGAACAGAUGAUGAAUUCCAUGGGUGGACUAGGAGGAGGAGGAGCUGGUGGCUUGGAGCAAGAGGAGGAACCUGAUGAAGAUAGUGAUGAUGAAGAUUUACCAGACUUGCAAUGAUAAUACCACUGGGAUGGAGGAAAGACCUGUGAAUCAUGCCGAGCUAUGUCCCAGUGUUGGUUGAAGACCCACGAUCGCAUAUUCCCCCUAUUUCAGGCUCUUGUUCUGUCACCGCAAACUGUGAUGGCAUAUACUGUGGCACCUUGGAUAGCUUUAAACCGGUAGAAAUGUUCUGUUAUUAAUCCAUGGCUUUGUAGAGACAUGGAACAACAAUACGUAGCUCCAGGAUUUGGCUGUAUAAAGGAAACUUACAAAAAUACAUAUUAACUGGACCAGUAAGAUAUUUGAGAAUGUACUUCAGACGUUAAUUGCUGGCCCAACAUGAGAUUUAUGUCAGUAGAAUUUAACUUUUUUGGCUAUGCAAGGUUUCACUGUACUCAACAUAUCUCUAAAGUUGCGCAUUAUGUACCUGAGAAAAUAUCGAGUGCCAUGCUUGUUUUGUGAGGACUCUUGAUUGAUUACAUAAUGAGGCCUGAAGUUCGAGGAAAGUAUUAUCAUGUUCAAUGACAUUACAAGUUCACUGUGACUAACCAACAUCCUGCGAGUGUGGCAUAAUGCUCCCACGGUCCAUCGAUGAAGAGACACUGUAUAAAAGACUGAACUUUCCUGAACCACAGGGAUGUGUUUGGAGAAGUUCUCUCGUCUUCAGCAGCAUCCUCUGCAACCAGAGUUUUCUAUAACGUUUCUGACUCACUUUGGGUUUUUUCAGUACUUGCUUUAGCAGUUUGUCAUUGCAACUCUUGUGAAAGCAUGAGGUGUGAGCUGCUCUUUCUGUUCACAUUUGCAGCUCUCAGUGGUGCUUUUUAAGUUUACUGGUAAAUCAAAAGGAUCAAUUUAUCUAAUUUCGGUUCCUUGUUUAAUCUUUCAGUCUCAUUAACAAUUGCAGUCUACAUUACUUGUAUUUUAUUGUAUUUUUAAGAUUCAAAUUGUUACUAGAACGCUUUUCCUAACAGUAAAAAAAAUUAUGAUAUAAAAAGUGAUUGUGUGAAA